AUGAGAGUGAAAAAAGCUUACGCUGUCGUCUUGAUUUUAUCCCUUCUCAUUGUGGAUGAAUCAUCCCCCUUUCUUCUCCGACCAGCUUCAGCUAAUCUAUUGUCCAUUAUUCCGUGGGGGUUAAGAAUUUUGAGAGCCCUCAGAACACUAAAUUUUAGCAAAAUUUCCAAAGUAUUGGAUAAACUGAGAUCGUUCUUGAGUUCCAAUGGAGGUCGUAUUCGAAUAGGAAGAUUCGUUGCCGGCAUAUCCAAGAUUAAGAACUAUUUUAGUUUCUUCGGUUACCUUAAUUCCACUUUGGAUUCAGACUUCACCGAUGAAUUCUCCGCCGAGCUCGAAUCAACAAUCGAACUCUUUCAGAAUACUUUCCACCUCAACGUCACCGGCCAACCCGACGACGCCACCGUUUCAUUGAUCACGCUGCCGCGAUGCGCCCUUCCUGAUGUUAACAUCAAUGGCCCCUCCGCUGUGACGGCGGGUCGCACGACGUCGUUUACCAAGUGGUGGCCCGAGGGGAAGAACGAGCUUACUUACGCUUUUUCCCCAGAAAAUGAAACGUCGACGUCGGUAAAGGACGUCUUUGCGGAUGCCUUCCGCCGGUGGUCCGAGGUGACGAAGUUGAACUUUUCGGAGACGACGUCGUUUAAUGAAGCCUCCAUUCAAAUCAUGUUCUCGUCGUUGGACGGGAAUCUAGGAGUGGUAGGCGGCGCAUGGCCGGAUAAUACGACGACGAGUUGGGAUGUCGUUUUGGAUUCCGAUGAGAAGUGGGCGUUGCCGAGCGAAGACAUGACGGAGAGCGACGAACUCGACCUUGAGUCAGCGGUGAUGCACCAGAUGGGUCAUGUGUUGGGGCUGAGCCACUCGGCGAUAGAAGAGGCAAUUAUGUACCCCUUCAUCGUGCCAUCGAAGAAAAGGAAGGUGGACUUCGCGAAAGACGACUUGGAGAAGAUUCAGCAACUCUACAGUGCGAAAUCCAAUUCCACUGAGUUAUUACAGGGGGAGUCUCCUUCGUCGGACGGUGCAGGAUCCGGCAGCGGCAUAGGGCCGAGAACGGACGUGGUUUCAGCUACGUGGCUCGGAAUUGCAUUGCUCUUCCUGUUCUGA